AUGCUUAAAACCGAUCCGGAAGAUUUUGAGAAGAGGGCAGAGGACAAAGUGCCAACGCACUUGUCUCCUAUAACCCUAAAGAUCAAGCUAGAGGAGACAUUGCGUUCGGCUAAGGUGCUAGCAGAAACACUGAAGACUCAAAUUGAUGACUUGGCCAAUCGUGAGAAUUUGCUGAAGGACGCCAUCACGAACGGCAGGCCAGGCGUAUCGACAUUGACAGUAUCGACGAUGAGUCAGGUGCCUCGCUCCUACAUCAUUCGCAAUGGCCGGUGGUCGCUCUGCAACGGGAUGAUCCAGUUCCCUAUCCCCAGCCAGGCCUCAUCUACAAACCUCUUCAAUGGACUAUUCUCCGAGCCCAGGUGCAUAGGGCGAGAGGUCGGCAAACGAGCAGACAGAUUACCUGAUGGUAAGCAAUCAGCGCCGCCCAUGGACACCCGCAACGGAGGAGUUACGAUGCAAGAUCCGUGUGUAUUCAACUCCGUGAUCAAAUACGAAGUAGUGCCGACUGUUCGAGCUCCCGAAUACACUGAAGACGAGUACCUAUGUCUGAAGCCAACUUUCAACGUCACCUUGGAACGCUACAUGAGCGUGACGAGGCACGUCUUGAACGACACGUGCAAAGAUGUUUUAGCUAGAACUGUUCACGCUCUUGCAAGAUUUGGUGAUGAACUCUACCUUGAAUCUCUUCCUGACUGUAUACUAUUGAGAACUUUAAAUGCAGCUGAAUCUGCAUAUGCUAUGGUAAAAUUUAAUAAAAACUUCUUCUCUUACUUUAACUACAACUAUUAUUCCACCGAAGAUAAUGAGGGAUUGAAGUGUAAAAUAUCCAUGAAAUCGGCGCUAAAUACAUUCAAGUCUCCUACACACAUAGACAAGCAGGUUGAGAAUCUAGAAAUAAAACUAGACCCUGAUUCCUGUAAGUUAAUAUUCCAGUUGAAGUGCAGACAUGGCAUUGUCAAAACACAUUUUGUAUCGAUUUUAGACUGUAAAGCAAUGCAGGCAGUUUAUACAAAAGAUGCUGUACCAAACAGGAUUACCUCACCACAGAGAAUACUUUCAGAUGCCCUAAACAACUUCCAAAGCUCAGAUGACCAAGUAACUCUUGAAGCAACAUCAAUGUCUCUUAUAUUACGAAACUACAUUGACACAGCAGCAGAUCUGACAAAAAUUAUUAGAACACAGAUUAGCUUGAAGCCUGCAGAAUUUGACAGCUACAUGAUAGGAACAGAAACAGUCAUUACAUUCUCACUAAAGGAAUUCAGAGCAUUGCUCACAUUCUCUGAGGCUCUCAAUUUGCCUCUACAACUACAUUUUGAAACUACGGGCAGACCUGCAGUUUUCAUUGUACACAAUGGCACUACAUUUGAAGCACAUUUUGUAUUAGCUACAACCAAACCUGAUAAUGCAUCUCAAACUACAACAACACAGAAUACUAAUGUUGAAAGGAACAAACGAAAAGACACUAGUGGCUCACAAGGUUCUGCUAAGAAAAAGCCACAUCUAGAAACAGAUAUAUCAAAAUGUUUAGAUGAAGAUUCUCAUUUAUUUAAUUUUGUAGAUAUACCAGGUGAUAAUGAAAUAAUUUUAAGUAAUAAAUUAAAUGGUAAUCAUAGCAUAAACAAAGAUAAGACUGUGAAUGAUCUAAUGGACUGUGAUAAUAUCCCUGCUUCGCCUGCUGCCAGAACUAUGAUAAAGUCUGUAUUCAAAAGGUGUUUUGAAAGUACGUUUGAUCCAAGAAGUAUUCAAGGUGCAGUAUUAGCAGAGAAUUCAGACAGUGAAUGA